CCCGGGACCGAGCAAAAGAGGUUAGACAAAGCUACAAGAUCAACUGCUGCAAUUCAGGCGCGCCAACAGUAGCCAAUUUCCAACAACGCAAACGAUCGACCGAUAUGGAUGAGAUCAUUCCUGGGCUGUGGCUCGGUGACCUCGCGUGUGCACUCUCCCCUGACUAUCUUGAUCUGGCCGGCGUCACGCAUAUCGUCAGCGCACUGAAACAGUCGCCCGCAUCGCUUCUCAACGAUGAAUCAGGUGUCAAGCUCCCUUCGGGACGCAUCAUUCCCCACGAGAAUAUUAAGCAAGUGCGCAUCGACGACGUCGACGGCGCUCCGAUCCUCGUCCACUUCAGCUCUAUCAAUGAGCUAGUCGACAGUGUAUUGCAGGAAGAGUGGCACGGUGAAGAAACUGAGGGAUCUGCACAAGCCUCGUCUCAAGAAGAAGCAGGCCAGUCAGCAGCCGGUGGAGACUACAAUAGCAUCAGGGAACAAAAUGUAAACGGUCAAUGGGGUCAUUGGGAGACGAUGGGCACUGGCACCGUGCUUGUGCACUGCCAAGCCGGCAUAUCGCGCAGUGCCACCCUCGUCGCAGCGUAUCUGAUGUGGCGCCGUGGUAUAAGUACUUCUGCUGCGCUGGAACUCAUUCGCGCAAGGAGGCCACAGGCCGAUCCGAACUCUGGCUUCGUCGCACAAUUGGAAUUGUACGAGCAGUGCGACCAUCAGGUCGAUCUCAGACACAAGGCAGUGCGAAGGUACCUCAUGUCCAAGACAAAUAUCCUAGAUGGCGACUCGGCGGACGAUAUGCUGCUCAGCUACUACCCUUCUCCGUAUCCUUCACCGGGCAUGCAUCGAAACAGCAUGAGCAUGACGUUCACAAAGGGAAAUAGAAGUAACAGCAGCAGCGAGGAGCCAACGAAAAGCUCACCAUCAAUUUCUCGGGCUUCUACAUACGACGGUCAUUCCGCCUUCAGUGCCGUAGAUACCGCUUCCGAUCCGAGCUCACGCGAGGCAUCGCGCAAUGCUUCGCGACGCGGCUCUGUCGAUCUUCUCAGUGCCAACGCCACACCCGCGCGACGUCCCCGCACAUUUUCGCGAACCACUUCCACGUGGCACAGGUCGAUCAACCUCUCCGUUUCUCCUGUGCAGUCGGAUCAAGCAGCAGCUGAUUCGUCGCCAGUCGGCUACUUUUCGGAAGGCGCAACGCACGAAUUGCCUCCUGCUUACCCCUCCUCGAGCCUUGCCCAGCCGCCUUCCGUAGAGGUGAAAGUAACUGAGACGCAGGCGAACGCGCGGCUUCCCGGUGGUGUCAGCUCGUUGCGUGGAAAUGAAGUCCGUGGUGCCCCUUCCGGCGGCUCUUCGUCUGGUCAAAACUUCGCUGCUCGUGUUCCCACUGUCACAGUUCGCGAAGGCGCAGGCGUAAGCGGGUCUGGGGCGGGCAGCUCGUCAGCGCUUUCGCGGCCGGUCUACAGCGGGCCGAAGCUGCGCUGCAAAAUGUGCAGGCGCGAGCUGGCCAGCACAGUCGAUCAUCUCAUCGAGCACGAGGCAGGGAAGGGGCAGAUGGCAUUUGAGCAUCGAAAACGCACGCUGCCUGGGAGCAAGGAUGCAAGUGCCGGGACGCGUCUUGGUGUUGGCAUAUCAGGCAGCGAUGCAGGGAGUGACGGCGCUAGAGUGGGCGCCAUGACAGCAGCGCAAUCGUCAACAAACGUAAGCGCAAGUGCAUCGAAUUCGCCUAACCAACCAGGGUAUGCCACAAAACCGGCUGCUCAACCAGAUGCCGCGCCAUCAUUGGAGCAGACACCCGGCUCAGCGACUGGGACCGUGCAGCAAGCGCAACUGUCGCAAGGAUCCUCAUCGCUAACGGCAAGCGGGCGGCCGAUCCAAUCAGCUGCGAGUCUGUCUGCUUCAUUGCCUCCGCAUCUUGCGGCGCUGCGGAUGGGGCGAGCUGGACCGCAUUCACUGGUGCAUGCCAACAGCAAUAGCACAUCGCAAGCUCAAGCACAAGGGAACAACAGGCCAGUGUGCACGCAGCGCGCAGCGGUGUCCUUAUCACUACCGUCGCCGUUGAGCCUGCUGCCUUCCGCGGCAUGUUCUUCGUACUUUGUCGAGCCGUUGUCGUGGAUGUCGGCACUGAAGAACGGCGAAGUCUCCGGGCGCCUUGACUGCCCGGCGCCAAAGUGCGGCGCCAAGCUGGGCAGCUGGGACUGGGCGGGGAUGCAGUGCGGAUGCGGCGCGUGGAUCACGCCUGCUUUCGCGCUCCAUCGCUCGAAAGUGGACGUGCUCAGGUGACAACCUGCAUCGUGUUUCACUUUGCAUCGCGCGGCGCGGUUUACUG